UUAUAUUAUAUAUCGAAAACGUUUUUGUAAUAAUAUCGUAAUAUCUUUUUUUAAGUAAACCAUUAAUUUUCUAUGUAACAUCACUGCUGCAUUCUAUUGGAAUUAGAAAUGCUGGAUCUUCGUGCUCAAUGAUGUUUUUGUGCGUACACCUAUUCAAUAUAGCCACCCAGUUGUAUUUAAUCGAAUGUGACAGGAAUUUAAUAAAACUCUGUUAUAAAUUGUUGUUUGUUAUAAAUGUUGUAAACUACUAUGAUAUAAAUUGUGUUCUAGUGUCUACCUUUGUGUCAUUGAAGAGGACCGCAUAAGAGGGUCGAAACGUCUGAUGAUGUUAAAUAAAUUUUGGAAACUAAUAGAAUACCUAUUACUUGAAUACACGCAAAUAUCACCUAGCGCCUGGCUCUUAUUGCCCAUUAUAUAUGACUUUAGUAACUAGUUUAAUAAAACUCGAAAUAUGAGUAGUUUGAACCGAGUAAAGAGGAUUAAUGCGUUACGAGAUACAGCUCUUCUGAAGUAACGUACGACGACAUGUAAUAGUAUAGUAUUUAUGACAAUAGGUAUUCGCUGGCGUAUUGCGGAGUGGAUAUAUUUGUCCCCUUGACGUAUACAUUUUAAAGAAUUAAACCAAAUUAUUAGCUAAAGACAAUUUCUCCAUAAGACGUCACUUCCGAUGGUAGCUAGAGGCUUUAUCAAAUUAUACAUACAUAAUAGCCACUGCGCGUCGAUGUCUUUAUCGGUGUUGGAACACAGUAUGCAGCUAAAGUCAAAAUAAUAUACCUAGUCAAGUUAACUUAAUUCAAUAUUGAUGCUAAUUAAGCAUCAAUAGACUGUAAAUAGAUCAGAAUACCUUUCUCGGAUAGUAGCGAGGUUCAAAUUUAUAUCCUGGCCUAAAUAAUAUUUUUUGCAACAAAUUAUUUACAGAUUAUUUCUACAUGAUGCUCAAUUAGCAUCAAUGUUAAAGUGAUUGUUGAUUUAAUUCGACAUCCUAUUUCUUUAGCUGUAUACUGUGUUUUCAAAUCGAUGUAGGUAUCUGCGCGCAGUGGCUAUGUUGAAUAAAGAUUUAGACACAAAGAUCCAGCAUUACAGUCACAGUAUGUUUCUAUUAUUCCUAAUGAACUCGUGAGGGUCAAUGCCCAAGUAAUGACAAGAGAUGAGAGUUCCGGCUGUUGGAUUCCUUUGGGCGGCGGUGGAUUGGCGAGUGUCGCAAUCAUACGUAGAGAAAUUUCUCCAAAAGUACAUCAAAUAAACAACACCGAUGGAACCACUAGUCCUAUUACAACCAGUCCUAUGCACUCCACCUCUAAUGCAGCAGCCAGUGGACUUCAGAGCCAUGAAUCUUCCAACGUCUCCCCGCCUAGCACAAAUAAAAGAAAAUAUGAAUAUUUCAUUUGUGGGGAACAUAACACCGAUGAAUCAGUUUUUCUUAGGUGCGCGAUUAAAAAAGAUUUUGAAUAUAAUCUGAUAAUGCCAACUUUUCUUCACUGGCGGUCAGAAGGACAAGUAUUUGGUUUAACAUUUGUAUCGACUUCCGACGGAGCACAGUUUGACGGUGGUGUCCGCGCAGCAAUUGGAGAACUAUGGGAAGGUGUGUCCGAUUUGACGUUAACUACCAAUGUUCAAGACACUGGGGAUGACGAUGUUUUUAUGACUUUGGAUUUGCCAGUGGAACCACCUGAGCCGCGCUCCUCUUUGGGCACACCUCAUGGAAUUCGAGUACCGAAUUAUUCUCAACCUUCAGAGCUUCCCGACUCGUACCGAUCUAUCCAUUAUAUCGGUGGAUCUUCCAUUAAGGUUACACCACCACAUCCUCUUGCUUCUGCCGCAGACAUCGAAUUAGACAAUUAUCCCUACGUGCAGCUUACGACACUUAAUCAUGAAUAUCUGUAUCCUAAUAUUGACGAACACAAGGGUGAGAGAUUAGACGGGCAUAAUACUUCUAACAGCGGAAGUUCUCUGAAGAAGCCAGAUACAAUAAUAUCGCAACCGUCGAAGAACACUGUAAAACGCAACGUACGUUUACGUUGCAAGCAUUGUCACGAAUUGUAUUCGGAGCAACACAAUCCAAAAGGUUCCUGCGAGUAUGCUCCUGAUCCAAUUAGGCGUGGAAUUGCAACCAUAUCCUGUUUGUCUUGCGCCCAAUGUAUGCUGUAUCACUGCAUGAGCGACGCCGAAGGUGAUUUUGCACAAAAUCCUUGUAGUUGUAGUACAGAAGAGGGAUGCGGACGCAGAUGGUUUGGUUUGACCGUCUUGUCAAUGUUCGUUCCUUGCUUGUGGAUUUAUCCUCCUCUUAAAGCUGUACAUUGGUGCGGAAUAUCAUGCGGAAUGUGCGGCGGACGUCAUCAUCCUAUGGAAUAGUUGAAAGAAUCCUUUGAUGAGAUCUCUGCUGGUUUAAGCAAUUUCUCCACGUAUAAUGCAGUUGCCAAUGUGACUGCAUUGUACAAUGUAGAGAAGUUGCCCGCAUAUAAAUGUCACAAUUUGAGUAUGGGGCGCCAAAAGUAUAACAGAAAUAAACAGUUUCCAGUGCAUGCACUUCUCCA